GCGAUGGCGUAUACCGAAUCUUCGCUCGUUCGUCCCUCAUGCUACUGCGACCGAAGUGGUCAACUUGACCGUCAUCGCGCCACUGCUGUUGCCAGCGCUUGGUCAUGGUUAUUGGUAAGCCCUGGAUUCUCCGACAACUGGUAACCACUCGGCGACAUUCGCGAUCGCGGGCACCGGCCGGCGCAACAAACUGCCCGGUCGCUAUAGCUUGACGUGCGAUUGCGUUGCAAAAUCGCGAAGAGCGUUCGUGAACAUGGUGAAGGCGAGGAGGUGGGCUUCAUUGUGGAGUAAGUCUUGCUGCAGGAGACAGUGCACAUUUUGCUACGUUCGCCGGACACGGAGUUUCGCUUCCCAAGAUCGUCUUGGCAAAGUGCGAACACGGCGUUCUCUCAUGAUAGAGUUUGGGAUCGGAGGUGAAGGAGGGAAGACUGCUGUGUUGGCACACGAGAAACUCGAGCUGUGGCUGGCAACUCGCUCAGGUCCGGAGGUGUUGUGAAGUCACACCCGAGGAACCAAAGAUAUCCCUAUCACGGCUCAAUCCGCAGUGGCUCAAAUUUUCAGCUGAGCUCAAGCUUAGCCGCCUUCCGUAUCCGUGCGACAACGUACAGUGUACUGUAUACCGCAAUGCUUUACGCUUUGUCGGUGCUGAAGCGUGUUACACCUGACAGCAGUACCGAUGGGAUUGAGUUCAUGUGGCCUUCCACUUCGACAUGCAGACGCUGCCAUCCACAAAUUUUACUUGAGUGUCUCGCGCGAAUACCAGAGGAAUCACUUAUUUAAUCGCCUCCUGCAUCAUGGCUCGAACAAUCUGAUAAACAUGAGCUGAUAUCUCAAGCUGCGUAACGCGCACGGUAUCUGGUUUACGCGAAGCCAUAACAUACAAGUACACAUUGCCGCCGACUGAAAAGGUUUAUCACAUGCAUUGUACUAGACUUGGACGUAAUGAAGGGCCUGCCUUAGUGGAAUCAGUUUUCCAUGCCACUGGACUCCAGUCCAGUUCUGGAGACUACGGAAGAGUUCGCGUUGCCCAUUCAACAAGGCUAUCCGCGUUCACAGAGUUUCUACCCAGAUGGAUGCGUUGCAGCAAGUGAGUGGUGGUAAGCUCGAGUGAUAAUCAACAAUUGCUUCCGUCAGUUAGAGAACAUGGGUACAGCAAGUGCAGUACCACAAUCAUGCGCAUUAAUUAAUCAGGGCACACUUUCGCUUUCGCCGCAUCCGCCUCAAGUCGCUCCUCCCUAACAAUGGCCAAGUUCUCUUUUACGCUGCUCGUCGCGUCGGCUGCCGUCGCCUCGGCCCACGAGGGACACGAGCACUCAUCGGGUGCGACCCACGAGGGUCACGAACAUUCGUCGUCUUCGGGCUCUGCCACUGCAGGCACCGUCGGUUCCGAGUGCUCGGCCGACGUCAGCGAGGCCUUCAUCGCCACUAUCGACAACAGCACCUACUUCGACACGUGCGUGGAGGGCACGACCUUCAGCAUCUCUUCGGUGUUCGACGUGCUCAACUUUACGGACUCGGAAUUCCUGACGUUCUGCAACUCGUCCACGUGCCUUGAGCCCGUUCAUGAACUCAUGGGAUCGGUCGACUGCCUCAUCACGUACCAGGGCACGCAGCGUGACCUGGCGGACGAGGUCUCGAAGCUCCACGACCAGUGCCACGAGGUCCUCGACGCGGCGAACUUGGAUAUGGACAUGGACGGACACGCCCAAAGCUCGGGCUCGACGGCCUCCGCUUCUGGCAGCUCCGACGCGUCGUCUGUGACGAUGACGGUGGGCUCGGUGGUCUCUGCUGCCAUCCUUGCCGCCUUCCUGGCUUAAGAGUAUUUCCCUAUUCCGCUGUAUCACGACUGCCACAUCUUCAGGCGUAGCUGGCAGACAAAAAACAUUUUAUCAAUCUACACGUUACUAGAACAGUGCUGGCA